AGCAGAGUAUUGUCGGCGUGAGUCUGCUGCUGUCCAGCCCAACAUCCGAGGAAGGAGGCGGUUCGCCGGGCGGGGAGCGAGAUGAACUUGACGGCCUCGGACGACAGCGGCUCGACGUUUGAGGAGGGUGGUUUGGGUGCCCGGCGGCCCGGAGCACGGAAGCUGUACCUCUGGCGGCAGGAAGCCCAGCGGCAGGCCCGGGACCGUCGGGCCCGGGCCGAAGGCAGGGCCGGGUUGUUGGGGUGCCGCGGGGAGCGGCCGGGUCUGGAUAGCUCCUCGGAUGAGCUGAGCAGGAGAUUCCAGUCUCAGAGGCUGGAUUACCCAUUGGCAUCUGGUGAGACCAUCAUGCCAAGCCCAAGUGAGACCCCUGCCCUCGCACCCGGGUCCUCCCACCAGCUCCUUGCCGCAGGCCCCCAGGGCCUUGGCCCCCCAGCCCCACCCCGGCCGAGGGCCCCCAGCUCGCCUCUGGCCCGCAGGCACCUGAGCCAGCCGCCGCUGAGCUCGGACCGGGCCUUUGGAAAGAAUAGGAACGCCAUAAGUAUGAUCAGGCCUUUCCAGCCACUGGAAACCGAUCUUGACUUGGUUGACGGGGAUGGUCCUGAUGCCGAGGAGGCCAUGGACAUUGGCUGCGGAAGCCACGUGUCGGCCGGUGAAUCCCCUGAGGCACGGGACCCGGAGACCUGGGAGUCGGCAAAGAAGGCCCCGGCUACUAAGCCCCCAACACCCCCGCUCCACCGUUGCCCGUCCUGGGAAAGCAGGAUAUAUGCUGUGGCCAAGUGCGGCAUGCGGAUGUCCGAAGCCAUCGGCGUGGAUGGUGUCUGCCAAGCUUCUGGGGCAGUGACUCCUGAUUCCAUGUCAGGACUCUACACAUCACUGCUCUAUAAGAACAUGACAACGCCAGUGUACACCACUCUAAAAGGGAAGGCAACUCAGAUAAGCAACAGCCCAUUCCUAGAUGACUCUUCGGGCUCCGACGAGGAGGAUGGCUCGAGGUCCAGUUCCCGGACGUCAGAAUCGGACUCUCGGGGCAGAAGUGGGCCAGGAAGCCCCCGGGCGAUGAAACGUGGUGUGUCCCUCUCCUCGGUGACUUCAGAAAGUGACUACGCCAUCCCACCUGAUGCCUACUCCACCGACACUGAGUUUUCAGAACCAGAGCAGAAGCUCCCUAAAACCUGCCGCUCUUCCAGUGACGCUGGAAAAAACGAGCCCCUGGAGAAGUCUGGCUACCUGUUAAAGAUGGGGGGCAGAGUGAGAGCCUGGACCCGGAGGUGGUUUGUCCUCAAGGGUGGCGAGCUCCUGUACUACAAGUCCCCGAGUGAUGUGGUCCGCAAGCCCCAGGGUCAGAUCGAGCUCAGUGCCAACAGCCGCAUUGUCCGAGGAGAGAGCAAGCAGACGGUACAGCUGGCCACAGAGAAGCGGACGUACUAUCUGUCAGCCGAUUCCCCCAACAUCUUGGAGGAGUGGGUGAGGGUGCUACAGAGCGAACUGAGGGUCCAGGCCGCCAAUCCGCUCCUCGUCCAGCCUGACGUCAAGCCCACUGUCAAAGGGCUCCUGACCAAGGUGAAACACGGCUACUCCAAAAGAGUGUGGUGUUCGCUUGUGGGGAAAACGCUCUACUACUUUCGCAGCCAGGAGGACAAGUUUCCCCUAGGCCAGAUCAAGCUCUGGGAGGCGAAGGUGGAGGAGGUGGACAGGUCCUGCGAUUCGGAUGAGGAUUAUGAGGCCGGUGGCCGCAGCCUGCUGACCACUCACCGCACCGUGGUGGUCCACCCCAAGGGACAGGGGCCCACCUACCUGCUCAUCGGUUCCAAGCACGAGAAGGACACCUGGCUUUAUCACCUGACCGUUGCGGCUGGAAGUACAAACGUCAGUGUUGGAUCUGAGUUUGAACAGCUGGUGUGCAAACUACUCAAUGUAGAAGGGGAGCCCUCCUCCCAGAUCUGGCGCCACCCCGUCCUGUGCCACACCAAGGAAGGGAUCACCGCCCCGCUGACCACGCUGCCCUCGGAGGCCCUGCAGACCGAAGCGGUCAAAUUGUUCAAGGCCUGCCAACUGUUCAUCAAUGCGGCGGUGGAUUCUCCUGCCAUCGACUACCACGUCUCCCUGGCCCAGAGCGCCCUGCAGGUCUGCCUCACCCACCCGGAGCUCCAGAGCGAGCUCUGCUGCCAGCUUAUCAAGCAGACUCGGCGUCGGCAAGCACAGAGCCAACCGGGCCCACUGCAGGGCUGGCAACUCCUCGCGCUGUGUGCUGGCCUCUUCCUGCCCCAGCACCCUUUCCUCUGGCUCCUGCAGCUCCACCUGCGGAGGAACGCAGACCCCAGGACGGAGCCCGGGAAAUAUGCCAUCUACUGCCAGCGCUGUGUGGAGAGAGCCCGACAGAAUGGGGACCGCGAGGCGCGACCCUCCCGCAUGGAGAUCCUGUCCACCCUGCUCAGGAACCCCUACCACCACUCCCUGCCCUUCAGCGUCCCCGUGCACUUCCCCAACGGCGCAUACCAGGUGGUUGGGUUUGACGCUUCCACCACUGUGGAAGAGUUUCUGGACACACUGAACCUGGACACUGGCAUGAGGAAGCCCUCCCAGUCAGGAUUUGCCCUCUUCACUGGCGACCCCUCCGGCCGGGACGUGGAGCACUGCCUCCAGGGCAGCGUCAAGAUCUGCGAUAUCAUCUCUAAAUGGGAGCAGGCUUGCAGGGAGCUGCCUCCCGGGAAGUGUGACGGAGCGAAGACCGUGCGCCUCACCUACAAAAACAGACUCUACUUUUCCACGCAAGCUCGGGGGGAGACCGACCGCGAAAAGCUGCUAUUGACCUACCAGACCAAUGACCAGAUCGUCCUGGGCCUCUUCCCACUGGACAAGGAGCUGGCCUUGGAAAUGGCCGCACUGAUGGCUCAGGUGGAGGCUGGAGAUUUGGAGUGGCCGUCAGCGGCGGCCGGGCCGGUGGCCCUGGCCAAGGCCAACCAGGCUCUGAAGCAGGCCCUGGAAAGGUUCUACCCAAAACGGUACCGAGACGGCUGUUCCGAGGAACAGUUACGGCAGCUUUGCCAGCGGCUGUCCGUGAGAUGGGCGGCUCUCCGGGGCCACAGUGCGGCCGACUGCGUGCGCAUCUACCUGACGGUUGCCCGGAAGUGGCCCUUCUUUGGUGCCAAGUUGUUUCCUGCAAGACCCGUGACUCCGACUUCCCAGGAAAGCCCCAACGUUUGGCUUGCUGUGCAUCAAGAUGGCAUCAGCGUCCUGGAACACGCCUCCAUGCGGUUAAUGGUCACCUACGGGUACAAGAGUCUGAUGACCUUUGGAGGUUUCCAAGAUGACUUCAUGUUGGUGGUCAGCACCGUGCGACCCCAGGGUGAAUCGACCGACAAACUGCUCUUCGCCAUGGCAAAACCCAAGAUUCUGGAAGUCACCCUCCUGGCUGCCAGCUACAUCAACAACUUCCACCAGCAGAAGGGCGCCGUCCACCACCUCUCUGCCCCCGCCCUGCUGACCGCCCGAGUCGGAGCCCCUCAAGGUGAGGACCUUGGGAGCCGGCGACCGCUGCCGGCCAGCCGGCCCACCAAGGGCCCCACUCUGCUGUGAGGGACAAGUCCAGGGAGGGAGGCCCAGGGCUCUCCCAGGCCGCCCUCUGUCCCUGAGGGCCCCGAGCAUCCUGGAAUCCUCUCCGAGCCACAAAAGGAUCAGAAUGGGCAGGAAUCAUCUCGCCAGGAACCUCAACUGCUUACCUGUGGCGGAUUCUCUGGGAGUCCAAUGGGCCAGCCCUCUGCUCUGGGCAGCAUUGCCCCCUGCCCGCCCCCAGCAACUGGAAGCUGUCCAAGCCUAGGGCCUCCUCAGCCUCCCAGGCCGGCCUCUGGGCGAACGCGGCAGGCUUCCAGGAAGGGCCAGUUGCAUCAGUGCGAUACGGCCACAGUUUGGAGAAGACUAGAGUGGGCCGUGCUGGAAGUGGUUGCCGCUGCUCCUGGGAGGAGCUCCAGAGGCUCCUGGUUGCUGGGGCUGGAGCUCCUCAGCAGGGAAAGGUGGGUGGAAUGAGUUUCCUGAAAGCAGCCACUCCCAACCUGGCCUCCUGAGCGUCCAUCUACAGGUUGGCCACGGCAAAGACUGAUAUUCUCCUCCACAUCUCCACCAGAAGGGGUUCUCCAGAUCAGGUGUCCACCGGGCCUGCCGGGAGCAAACCAGAGUCCCAGGGUUCGACGCCUCGCCGGGACAUCUGGGUCCCCGGGCACCUGGUCCAGAGAAAAGUGCCCACAUCCCGGAGGCCAGGGCUACCAGCUGGGCUGCCGUCACCACCCCAACGUAAUCCUGGUGGGGGGACAUGGUUCCACCCCAGCCCCGCCAGCAGGAACCCCCUCAGAGGAAGUGAGAAGCCCCCAGCCAUUCUGGGAGGGAAGGACUCUGCUGGAUCGUCGCACCGGCCUCUAGCUACUGCUGGAAGAACCCUGGAACCCGCCCUCAACCCAUCACCGAUUAGUGAUGGUUUCUCUGGGGCUGGAGCUAAAGUUGCUGGGAAGCAUCAGUUGGAUUUUCUGGCAGGGUCCGCAGGUCCAUCCCAUUGCAGGCAUAGGCCUGGUGGGGCCCACUCCCAUCCCAGCACGCAGAGUCACACGCUGCUGCCCUCUCCUAGUGUGGGCUACCUUGCCGGGCCCCUGGGGUGGCAGCUGCCCUUUCCCCAGAACACAACCUCCCCUGCUCCUGCUGAGAAUAAUAACAAUGCCACCAUCA